AUAAUGAUUUGUUUGUUAUAUCCAGGGCUGCGCUAAUUUGUAAUGUCUCAAAUUCAUUCGCGCUUCAUUUCCAGUCGCCUUACCAGUCACUCUCCAUUUUCAUUCCAGCUGAUGUACAAUUCGGUAUUGUGGUAAAGUUCAUGCUCAAACAAAGACAAAACAACGGAUAUCUCGGACUUGAUUCGCAUUAGUUUCGAGUUAUAAACUACUCUAUGCGGUUGGUUUCUCUCUCUUCUUCUAUUGCAUGAUUUGAUAGAUACAAGAGAGUGUGUGUUGUACAUCUAGAUGUUGUGUGUAUUGUGUGUAUCUUUAUCAAGUUCCAUUCACACAGUUUCAGUCAGUUUUGUUGUAUACUUCCUCCUCAGCUCAACUGUUAGAGACAUGAUCGAUGCCCAUGUCUCGUGACUGACUCAUUUGGCAGGUAGAAUGUCUGUGGCUUGCUUUGCGGUACAUGGAAAGCUGAAAUAGCUGUCUCGAAUGUAACCGUGUCUCGAUUGCAAACUUUAUACCUAUUUUGUUCACUUGAUCAAUUCGGGUUACUUGUAUAGGUUUGCGAUUUGGUUGGAAUUUCUGAACUGUCUCGAUGAAAUAAUUCUUGAACAUGGGUCGAUCUUACUAACAAAGUCCUCUUACAGUUGGGAUAUUUAGUAAAAUUCUAGCCGGGCGUUCUGUCCCUGAGUCACAUUAUGCGAUCAAAUUGUUUCACCAGUCUGUGGAACUGUUAUGUUGCUCUCGUACCUACUUGAUGUGUAGGUUGUAGCUUGCGUGUUUAACAUUCGAACUCGUGAAAUGCAACAAGGUGUUAUGUCUUUGAUGCACUGCUUGCAGUUCGGGUGAUGACUUUAGUAACAGCGGACACAAAACACAGCGGAGAUGUCGGAAUGGCUCACUAUCAGCUGUGCGCGGUCACCGCCCCCCGCCCGCCGCCCGGAGCCCGGCGCAGGCGGGGCGCAGUACAGUGCCAGCAGCGUGCGGCGUCGCUCGCUUGUGUCCGUCGAACGUGCCUCAGUGCUGUGUGACAGUGUGACCGAUUCGUGGCGUGCGCUGUAUCAGUGUUCUGUGUCGGUGCCCACUCGUCGGCUGCAAGGCGCGGUGUGCGACAGCGGAUUGCUCCCGCGGCCUCUCGGGGCCACUGACCGCCGUCGCGAUCUCGAGGGGCAGCGCGGGCGGCGGCGCGGGCGCAGCGGGCGCGGCGUGCGGCAUGGAGUGCGGCGUGGCGGCCGGCGCCGGCGCCUUCCCCGCGCGCGCCCCGCACCCCGCGCUCUCGCCCACGGAGCGCUCGCCGGCCAAGUCCGGCCUGCACGUCAACUUCAGCGACAAGGGCGAGGUGAAGGAGCGCCGCGAGAAGUUCCUGACGGCGAAGUACGGCAGCCACCAGAUGGCGCUGAUCCGCAAGCGCCUGGCCGUGGAGAUGUGGCUCUACGACGAGCUGCAGAAGCUCUUCGAGGCGCCGGAGAGCAGCGGCGCGGGGGCCGCGGGGGGCGCGGGCGCGGAGGUGGAGGUGGACGUGGACGAGCUGCUGGACAUGGACGGCGACGAGCUGCGGCGCCGCCACCUCGCGACCUUACUAUCCGAUGCCAAAAAACCUCAAAAAGAUGUAAAUAAAUUUAUCAACGAACUGUUAGAAAAGGCGAAGACUCUGUAAGUUGCCCACGAGCGGAACUAACUCUUGAGACGUCGUCGACGACGUUGGGACGUCGCCGAGCGCGCGGCGCGACUCGCUGCGGGCACCGAGUUCCGAUUGUAACCGGCUAGGUAUUUAUAGUCUAAGUAGAUAAGUAGUUAAGGGUUACUAUACUAUUCGUGUCGAUUUGAUAUCUAUUUAUUAUUUUAAUGACGUAAUAACUGACGUCGAUCGAUUAAAUUUUCAGUGAGAUGAUGUGAAUCGAAAGUGCAAUAAACAUAUCAACGAAGAGGGCGAUACCGGGGCGACUUGCCGCGACUUUUCCGCGCGUUUAUAAAUCAUCAGUAAACAACGCUAUCUGAAACCGCGACUGUUAAGAUCGGUCGCUUGUUUUAGCAUGCGAGGGGAGGCGCUGACAGCCAUUACGAUUUUGAAAUCCUUUAAAAACUGCGCGGGCUGCGCCGAGCCCUCGUCUGCUCCACAAUGUCUGUGAAGUCUCGGUAGAAAUUCGGAAUCAACCCAACUGCACCCUGUACCUACAUACCCCUAAUAUUAACAUCGAUAUAGCAGUGGGUGACGGCCUAAAGCUGGCCGCUUGUGACGCUGUCGAAGUCGGUUUGCUCAUCGACGUGCAAUAAACUAGCAAUAUUGUCUAAUAAGUUAUGUUCUCUCGUUGAAUUGAUUAAUAUUUUAAUACCUGAGCUUUAAGCUAAGUAAAUAAAAUCCCUUUCAAAUUUAAUUUGUGCUGUUAUCUGCCAAUAUUAAUUGCGCGUCGACGUGUUAAGGUAAGUAAACUACACAUAAAAGCCAUGGUGGUUGACAGACUGACUUAUAGCUGACCUCGCGUGCAUCUACGUCAUAUUCAUUUGCGGUGUGUGACGACAUUAUGACCUGCCAAAUAUGUGAAAUGAUUUUGGCACGACAUAUUUUUCAUGAACUGCCCUUUCUCAUUAGUUUUUACUUAAAUAAAUAUUAGUUAUGGCAGGUAUGUCAAACGUCGAUGAUUCAAUACGGACUCCAAACACGAAUAACCUUAUUUGUACCUAGCGAUACAGUAACUAUGUUUUCGUCCAAUUUUGUUACGGUACGGGUAUUUAUACUAAUAUAUCGCAGAUUUUAAUCUUUCUAACUAAUGUGUGUAUAGCUAUAGUAAAAGGGUGUUUCAGACAGGCAAGAUAAAUUGGGGAAUCUUUCAGAACCCAUCUAACUGCCUAGAGUCGGUAGUUCUAAAGCUUUAGUAUUCGACUAACUAAUUAAGUAUAAGAAAAUGCGAAUCUCGUUUGUCAUAUUUAUAAAUAAAACAAUGUUACGAACUCAAGUCCUAAAAGGAGAUUUUAAGACUUAUUAUUCUUGAAUCGCUAACCACCGCGAUAGAGUAGUUCACACUACAGUUCCACACGCAAAGCUAAGCACUGCGCACAGUAGGACGGAUUUCAGAUUUACGGACAUAGCACUUUCGAUAUCGAUAUACAUAAUGUUUAAGUGAUAUUAGCGGACAUUAGCGUGACACAGAAAAGCAAUUUUGUAAAUUAAAACGUAAAGCCCAUAAUAUUCAUGUUGUUCUUUUUAGUACUUGAAAUAUUUUUUGACAAAAACUUCUCAUAUCAGGAGAAUAGUGUGUAUGUGGCGUUACUCAUAAACGCUCAUUAUACUAACUCAUAAAACUCAUUUAUUUCUGUAAAUAGGCUUAAAAAAAGCAUUUUUACACGUCCUACUAUAAAUUUAUCAAGCCGAGAUCUUCCAAGACUUGGUACUUAUGGAACAUUUUGGAUAUCUUUCCAUACCUUUUUAUUGAUAUUAAAUUUUUCUCUUAUGUAUUAUGUUUACGAAAAAAUACUCAGAAUUAAUAUUUGUAGGCCUAGGAUGUGCACUCACGCCAUUUUAGCGAUUUUGCCCAUUUUUGACGUCGAUAAAUUAUAUGACGGCGCGCAUCCUAGCCCGGCUGAUCACCAUAUUUAGGGCUAUCGAUUGGCAUAAUAAAAAAAAAUGUGUAACAAAAAAGUGCUAUGUCCACAAAUCUGAAAUCCGUCCCACUGUGCGUCGCCAAACUACACCGCCCAGUAAUUAGUAUGAACUGUAAACUAUUGAUUUCAAGUUCAAGCUAUCUACUAAAAAAAAAUUAAAAAUUACGCGUCAUCUUGGAAUUAUUGGUCGAUUGUGUUAAUUCCUUUGUAAAGGAGUUAUUUUUCGAGUUUUAUCCUUCUGGGACACCCUCAUUUUGUAGCAAACAGUAAAGCUCGUUUUCCACCGCCAAAGAGGAAUGAACUAGGUAUAUCUAGCGGAGCGGACUUCGUGCGUAUAAAAUAGAAUUGCUUUUCCACUGAAAUGAGUUCGAGAAUGUGGGUAGUGAUUUUUUUUUACUCUUUUUGCCCUCUGUCAUUUUCGCUCGACUGUUGGUGGAAACAGAUGUUAUGCAUAUUGUAUUUCGAGGUUAAUGCGAGUCAUUUAACGGGUUCGCUCCGCUCGCGGUGGAAAACCCGCUUAAAAUUGAACCACGGCUUGUCUCAUUUUCUAGUCUACAUCAUCUGUAAUAGGGACAGAAUCACAGGAACUAAUGUAAUAAUUUUAAUUAAGUUGUGUGCGUGAUAGAAUGAACUUACGCUUCAGGUUGGAUAAGUUUUGAGUCUGGAGUCCCAGACGUGGUUUAAUUUUGUAGUAUAUUUUGAUGUAUCUAAGAGUCGAGCGUUGAGACUUAUAACGCCACUCUAGUCUCGACCUAAAUAUUGUCGGCGCCGUGAAAAUUAAGGCAAUUUUGUAUUAAACAUUGUAAUAAAA